AUGAAGCGGUCGCAUCACCUUCUCAGCUCCUUCACCCUCCCUGCCGGAAUGAACCCACGCAAGAAGUCCAAGCCAAACCCCGAGGCUCCCUCCGACGCAACCACCAAGGCCCCAGCAGUCCCACAGGAUGCAAGUACGACCGGCACUACCCCCAGCAGUAGUGACAUCCUACCAGAUGCACCCUCGGGCCAGUCGGUAGCAGCGUCAACGACUUCAGUUGGGGCCACAACACCGACAGCCUCCGGGACACAGACACCGCGAGGCAAGAGGUGGCUUUCGGGCACGGGCAGUUGGCGGUCGAAAGCGCCUGCCAUAGUCCAGACCGCGAAGGAAAGCAUCGGAGUCAGCGGGGGCGCGACAGGCGAACUGCCCGACGAGGAAGCGAAGAAAUCGAGAGAUGAGUCUCCCAAGAAGUUCCUCACCAAGCGCAAGUCGAGCAAGGGCGAUGCCAUACCCGCCUCCAUCACUCAGGUCAACGUAUCCUCAGACGGUCUCCUCGACGAAGCUCCAAAGCCAAAGCCACAGCCACAAGACGUCGAAGAGACGCCAGCGCCCCAAGUAUCCGAGCCGCCAUUGCCUCCCGAACCGCCCAAAUCACAAGUGGAUGCAGCUGCUAGUGCAUGGGGAUGGAAAUCUUGGUGGUCACGCCCCGAUGGGUACGCAGACCCAGCAAAAGUCAAAAGCGAGGCACAUUCGAGCGUUGACGAGGCUUCCACCACGCCACUUCCUGGACCGACGCCCUCAGAAGAGCCAGAUGCGCAAACGAAGGGCCUAGAUGCUGGCACUAUCCAACCCUACACCGAUCAGGUUGCAGAUGCAAAUGGGAAGGAUAUGCCGAAAGAAGCGGUACCUCGUCCAUAUACAGAGUCGAGGGCUAUAGCAUCUACAACUGCCAAAGUCCUGGCGAGAGCUGCAUCUGGCUCUUGGUUUUGGACGUGGAGUAGUGCGCAGAAUGCGCAGGCGAAUCCACCUCCAGCCGAGCCUCCCACCGAAAAUAACGACUCAGCCAAAGUCGAUACCGAACCACAGACUCUUCCCGAAGCACCUGCCGAGAUCGAACCCACUGGCCCUCAAGAGACACCACCACCCACAGCCUUCGAUGUGCCUAUUGAAGCUCCUCAGAAGAGUACUGCGGGAUCCUCAAAGACUUCUGCAUGGGCGUUUUGGUAUAGGGGCAAGCCAGAAGACGAAAAGAAGCCAGGAGAGGCUGGACCGCAGAAACAUGUCGGCGAGGUCGCAGUGUUCGAUACCCCUUCACAGUCGAACCCAGAAGCGGCGCAGUUCAACGAGCAAGAGCAGCCCAAAACAGACACAGAGACACCCAAAGAACCACAGCAGCCACCGAAAGAGGAACCGGUGAAUAAGAAAUCAUUUGCAUCGUUACGAGGGCGACCGAAGACAAAGCCUCCCGCUAAAGACACGCCAGCAGAUACUCCCUCGUCAAGUAAGCCCGCUACGCCGACGAAGGCCUCACCAGUGCUCGAGCCUACGAAACCCGAGACGAAGCCCGACGCGAAACCCGAGACAGGAACUGCUGCUGAGCAAGCGCUCAAGCAGGCAGCGAAGGCCAAACAAGGACCGGCGAACCUCCUGCUACCAGAGUUCAGGACCACCUACCAAAUGGUCCAGCAACCAAACUUCUGGAAGCAGAUCCGGCGAUACUUCCUCGGAGGCGAGCCUGCGACCCCUCAUCUACACAUCAACCCGGCACCACCGAAGAUCAGGAAGGCUGUAGCGAUUGGCGUUCAUGGCUUCUUCCCUGCGCCCAUCAUUCAAAAGGUGCUGGGGCAGCCGACAGGUACAUCAAUACGCUUCGCGAAUGCAGCGGCGGCUGCGAUCAAGGACUGGUCUGAAGCGCGAGGAUACAGUCCAGAGAUUGAGCAGAUAGCAUUAGAAGGCGAGGGCUUCAUCGCUGAGCGCGUCAACUCCUUAUGGAAGCUCUUGCUAAACUGGAUCGACCACCUGAAGCAAGCCGACUUCAUCUUGGUCGCCUGCCACUCGCAGGGUGUGCCGGUAGCUAUGAUGCUUGUCGCGAAGCUCAUACAGUUCGGGUGUGUCAACGCAACAAGAAUCGGAGUAUGCGCCAUGGCCGGUGUCAACAUGGGCCCAUUCAUCGAGUACAAGACGAAGUACUUUGGCCCUACGGCUGCCGAGUUGUUUGAGUUCUCCAACCCUAAGAGUCUUGUUAGCCAGAUGUAUCUCGCAGCUCUAGACGAAGUGCUUCGAUUUGGUGUGCGUAUACUGUACGUUGGUAGUAUCGAUGACCAGCUGGUCUCUCUCGAAGUAAGCAGACUCCUCGAAUCGAACUACUUAUGCCCUGCUAACACAAGUCAGUCAUCAACCUUCUCAACGCUAUCGCAUCCCUACAUCUACCGCGCCGUCUUCGUCGAUGGCCGCAUCCAUGCGCCAGACUUCCUAACCCACCUCGUUGGCUUCGCGCUGAAGCUACGCAAUCUGGGUCUCCCCGAUCACGGCCUCAUUCGCGAACUCUCCCCCGCCCUCGCAGGCUCCCUUUAUGGCGGCGAAGGCCACUCCCGCGUCUACGAAGACCCUGCCAUCUAUUCGCUAGCCGUCCAACACGCCCUCGAAACAACAUCCCUACCGACACCAACAACGACCAAAGAGCGACCGAACACCGCGGGCAGUUUCCAGGGCAUCAACAUCCCCAUUAUUGGUGAGAAGCUCGCGAGUAACAGUAAGAAGGAGGACGUGUUCAAGCUUCGGGUGAACCACUACGAGCCAUCUGCCACCACAACAAACCCGAACCCUUACUUCUUACCUUGGGCGAUGAGAGGGUUGCUAGAAGAAGACUUCGUCAAGAAAGAACUUGGGGAUGAAGUCGAGAAAUUGCUGGGCAUGUUUGAGGCGUGGAAGCCAACUGGGAAACAACUCAAAGACGUCAAGUUUAGACUCGAGGGAGUGCGAAGUAAGCUCUGA